GCUUUCUUUUAUGUGUAACCGUACACGUUCGCGACUCGCAAGCAAAACACCACCUUGUCCCUUUCUCUCAGAGUUUCAACACCGCAAAUCUACAGAGCAUUACGAAAAACCUUCAACAAUAGGGCCAAACUAAAACCCUUCGAUUCUAAUCAAUUCUUGGCCAUUAGCUUACACCAUCUUUUUUAUAUUAAACUAUCACUUUUCUUUUUGUUAUGGGGAAGAGAAAGCGAACUUCUGCUCGCCACAACGCCUCCCAUCAUCAUCCUUCUUCCUCGGGCUUCGAACUUCUUUAUUUCUUUGCCUGGGGAUUUGAUUGAAGACUGCAGAGCAUUCUUUCUAUGUGGGCUUCUUCUGCUAUUUUAUAGUCUACUAGAACUGCACUGUGAAAUAAUGAUGAGAACCUCUUUGUCUGACGACAUUCCAUGCUCAUCUGGAGCAGAAUUGUUGGCUACUGAGAAAUCUUCUCAUUUACUUGACUCUAGUGAAUUAAAGCCUCUUUCAACUGGGAGGGAUGCCACAGAUAGUACCAUGAAGCUGUUGAAUGUGCAUUCUUCUCUUGCACAUCAGCAUUACAAUGUUGGCCUUUCAAUAUUCUUGAAACGAUCACGUCACUUCUAUGGUCAUCAAUACUCUCGGAGGAAUUCAGGGAACCAUGCUAAUGCAUCAACAUCUCACGGGAAGAUUGCCCCUUUACGUGAUGAGAGACUUCCCUUCAAGUUGUCUGGUUCAGAGUUUGGACACCAAACAGAUAACAGGGAAAAGGCAUUUGGCAGGCCAGACAGAAUUAGGCUUAGUUCCCUGGUUAUGGAUGCAUCUGAUGCAGUGAAGAUUGUAUGUGGGAUCUGUCAGAAGCUGUUAAGACGGAAACCAUAUUUUCUUGGAGAGACACUUUCUGGAGAAUGCUCUGUUGUGGCUGUUUUAGUCUGUGGUCAUGUUUAUCAUGCAGACUGUUUGGAGCAGCGAACAAGUCUUGAAGAUAAAUGUGAUCCCCCUUGUCCAUUGUGCUUGGGCCAAGAGGAUAAACCAGAGUAAUGACUAGACCAGGAAGAGUGGUAUUUACUCAUUAGUCAAGGCUUACUCUCCAGGACAAGAGUAAUGUACAGAUAUUUACUUUUAUGAUAUUGAUUAUUUAGGAUAAACCUGAAAUACUUAGAAGGAGACUUAGAAGCAUAGGUUGGUUGAUUUAGUCUAGGGAGACUGACUGGAGGAUUAUGACUUGCAUUGUUUGGCAAGUCUUAUUGCCCCAAGAAUGUCUGAAAGAAGCGUUCUGCAUUUGUCACUUCAUUUUGUAUUUGGUAUAGUGGGAAGUACCAUGUUUUUAUCUAGCAUAUCGACAUUCCUAUUGUAAUACUACUAGUAGUUAUCCAACUUUAUGUUGUGUAAAGAUGACAAUAUUUUUCACGCAUAUGCAUUAGUGUGAAACGUUAACAAAUCCAACUAGAGAUGUCUUCUUCUUCA